UCAAACCAGUUCAUUGAACAGUCGACAGCAAACUGAUGCAAGCGAGAUAAAGUUUUAUGAAAGUACAAAACAUUCAACAGAAGAAAAGAAAAUUAUACAAGUAAUAAUUUAGCUUGUCUGAUUUGGCCCUGAGUCCUUGUAUGAUAUGAGGCCAAUGGUUGAUAGCCAAUUCUGCUGGAUCCAAGCAUUUGCGUCGUUUCUCUUUCUUGCUGUUCUCUUCGGUGUUUCAUUUUCAUUUGGAAUUUUGUAUGUAGAACUCUUAGAAGAAUUCCCUGCAAGCGAGAGUCAAGGAGCAUGGAUCAGUAGCUUAAACUUUGGUUUCCUUAUGAUGUUCAGCCCACUUUCGAUGCGCAUAUUGAAGCGUGUUCCCGUACAGAUUGUUUGUUGUAUUGGUUCACUUACAAGUGGAUCAGGUCUCUUUCUUUCGUCGAAAGCAACCAACAUCAGUAUGCUGUUUCUGACAUUUAGUUUCAUGCAUGGUGUUGGGACAAACCUUUGCUACAUGUCAGCUAUUUGGAUUUUGCGAAGAAACUUUACCAAAAAACGAGAUAUUGCAUUUGGUAUAGCGCAUGCAGGAAGUGGUGCAGGUGGCAUCAUGAUUGGUGCUCUUCUUCCUGGACUGGUGUGGUCUAAUGGUUGGCGUGGAUCGAUGCAGAUUCUCAGUUACAUGCCAUUUGCGCUUGUUGCUCUCUCCUUUACGAUGAUUCCUGGAGAGGAAGAAAUGAAAGUCGACGAAGAGAACGUUAAGAAGAAUUUCAUUUUUGGUAAAAGCGUUCAAGGAUCGCAAAUAAAAAAAGGUCCAAGUCCCCUGCGAAAUGGUGCAUUUAUUGUACUCGCCUUGGCAAUCGUCAACGGUAUAUUUGUCAGCCUUAUUCCGUACUGUCAUAUUGUAAAUUAUGCAAUUCAGCAAGGAGUAAGUCGAAAAAACGCAGACAUUCUUCCACUUUUCAUUGCCAUCGGUUCCUUCAUUGGGAGGCUUGGCCUGGGAAAAUUGGUCGGUUUGUAUGGGUUAACUCGAAUUACUUUAGGACAAUUAAUAUUCCUCUUACAAUGCCUGGUUACAACCUUUGUCACCUUGGCCAAAAGUAUAGACAGCUUGGUCGCAUUUUGUUUGCUGUUUGGCCUAUUCGACGGAGCCUUUUGUUGUCUGACAGUCAUUAUUGCUUAUGACGUCUUCAAAGACAGUCUGGAAGCUUUGAAUGCGAUGUCACAUUUAUUUUGGAUACUCGCAUUCCCUUAUACUCUUGGAGCACCCUUUUCAGCUUGGUUGUACAAACAAACUGGAAGUUAUGAAAUUCCUUUCUUCAUUUGUGGUGCAAUUCUAUUUAUUGCUACCGUUCUCAUGUCAUUGGUACGCUACCUUGUGCAGUCACAAGACAUGAAAUAUGUAAUCACUUUCUCUGAAGGAGACAUUUCGCAAAACAAUCAUUACCGUCCCAACGUUAUUUUGCAAUCUACUAAUCAUCAGUUGACCAAUUCCCGCUCGUGCAGCUUGGUGGAUUUAGCACUAGCAGCUUACAAUGAGCAUCAUAAUUCAUCGUCAAAAUUCGUACAAACUCCUGAAUACACAGCAUUGCACAGUAGGGCCUGUCUCAAAGAUCAUUGCCCAAGGAAGAAAAUACCAGUAAUCACUGCUGACCAAACCUCCACGAGUGAAGGAUGCAGACAUGCAUUACCUGAGUUUUAUAAGAGUCUAAAAGAGUCCAUUAUUUGAUGAGAAUAUGUUUUGCACAUUGUUAAGAAACAAAAAUAAUAUAUAUGAUUGCGCAUGUUCGGUACAAUCAAUGAAUGGUACGUGUCAGUGCGCGUUGGUUCGAUUCGGGAUUCAAAUGCAACAAUAAUUUUUGAAGGGUCUUUCUUAUAAAUAGGAAAGCCACUGUCGAUAAUGGGGAAAGAAGGACAUUCAUAAUCUGUCAAAUCAGGGUUGGACAAAGAUUAAUAAGUUGAAAGCUAGUUGAUAUAUUAAAUGUAGGGUCAUGUCGUUUAAAUGAACGUGAUACAGAUUUGUUUCACUCUCAAAUUAAAUCCAUAUUUUCUAAUUUUUAACUUCAGCUAGUAUAAAUUAUUAAUUAACUAUUUAGCGUUCGAAAAUAUCAACUAAUAAGCAUGAUUAAUUUUUAUAUUGUUUAUAAAACUUAUGUAAAGAUGCUCAUAAGAUUUAGAAUUUUUGUGUGUUGUUUGUCCUUAUCAUUUCGUAAUUACCACGACUAAAAGAAUGGUGUGAUUAUCAACAGAAGCUGCAGGAUAAAUAAAGACUAGUAAUUUUAAAAAAUAUAUGCUUCCAAGUCCUGAAUAUGACUCUUUUUUGUUGAUAGAAAGAAAUAGUACUUUCAACGAGUAAUUGAAUUACAUUUGGUAUCUGACAUAA